UUCGACGAAGGCGGUUGUGCUGCUGGAAUUUUCCGAAUUAAAAAAUCAAAAGACUUAAACGAAAGAGUUGUUUAAACCUGUUGGCUUUGGCUGCAUCGUUCUAUGUGUUUUUCCGAUUCCGUGCAGUAGUGCCGCGAGCGUGAUUUGCGUUUUUAAUUGAGGAUCGGUAAAGUGAUAUGGACUAACUGUAAAUAAGACUCGAGUUUCAUUGAGUCGGUCGACAUAACGGUUUCGCGCAAAUCUAAACCGAAAAUUCCCGUGUGUGUGGUUUUUUUUCGAGUGCUAAGAUUAAUAAACAAUAAAUGUAUUAGCGGUGGCGCCUUGCAAAAAACGCUAACGAGCCAGGAAUUAGUGCGAUGCUAUAAACAAGAAAGAGCUAAUUGAGAAUCGAGAGCUUGAGAAUUUGCGAUUAAAAAAUAAGGAAAAAACACAACAGAAAAAUGAAGAACCACCAGCACUGAGCGUGAGCAAACCAAAAGAGCAGUCAAGUCACAGGAGCAGCACAAAAUAUCCAACUCCAAAAUGGCCAUCAAUCAGGGCAAAUACAAGCCCACGAUCUGCGCAAUCGAUGAGGUGGACGACCGCAGCUACAAGUUGCACAAUAGCCAGGACGAGAUCAGGGGCAAGCAGCAGCUGCAGCAGAUCGAGGGCAGCGAAACGGCACCGCUAACCACCAAUCAGCAGAAGCUACACAUGGACGAUGGCUCCCAUCUGACGCCCAAGGAUCUGGAGGCGGCACGCCAAGAUGCACUCAACGAAAUUGGCGGCGGAGGCAGUGGAGGUGGAGCCGGGGGCAGGACACCGACGGCAAAUACACCCAACUCUACGCAUCCCUCGGCCAAUGGACUGAGAGCUUUGCUGAUUCCAGGCCGGCGUUCUUUCGAUGCGCUUAUGAGUCUUUCCCGCAAGCGCCGCAUCCUGUAUGUGACCACCGCCUGCCUCUGUGCCCUGCUUCUGCUGAUCAUCAUCCUGCUGCUAGCCUUUUGGCCCGAGGUUCCCUUCUAUCUAAGGGCACCACUCUGCCUGGAUAAGGAGUGUGUGGAGAGUAGCCGUCAGCUCCUCCUCUGGGCCAACACCUCGAAGAGUCCCUGCCACGAUACAUAUGAGUGGGCAUGCGGUAACUUUGCCAGCGACUAUGCCAACCACGAUUACUUCGUGAUCAAGCGGGGCGAGUGGAACUACAAGACUUACAAUGAGUAUCAGGAACUUAACGAACUGAAUCGCUUCAUCUCCAUGCUGCCGAAUACCGGCGAGGGAGCCUAUUCCAUCGAGUCCACAGUGACCAGUUUGUAUCGAAGCUGCCGCGAGAUCGACUCCCUGGACAAAAGUCAGUCGGAUAUGCUCCUGAAACAAGCCAUUAACGCUGUCGGUGGCUGGCAGGCAUUUCGUGAGACAAAUCGACUGCAGUCCUGGGACUACAAGCGGUUCCUGGUUCUCCUCCAGGCCAAGUAUGGCAUCUUUCCCUACUAUCGCGUCAGCGUGGAGAAUGGAUAUAGCAAUCCCCAUGACUAUGUGAUCACCCUGGACGAGGGUGAUGUGGGGCUGCCGGAUAAGUACUUUUAUGGCAACGAUGCCGACGAGGAAGUGGUACGCGGCUACAAGCUGCUCCUCAGGGAUUUUGCCAUCAAUAUGGGAAUUGUUUCCCGUGAGGCUGACCUUUUUUCCGAUGAUAUUUUUCAUUACGAACGACGCAUUGUCAAUCACAUUGAGGAUGCCAAGGCUAGCAGAGAUCGGCAGCUAAAUAAACUAAUGAGUCUCUCUGAUCUAAAGACAAAGGCACCUUCGUUGCCUAUUCUGGAGUCUCUGCAAGCCAUAUUUCCCAAGACCAAAAUCACCGAAGACACCGAGGUUUUAGUCCGCGAUGUCGAAGUUUUGCAUGCCGUUUCAGUUCUUCUUUCCACCUCGGACAAGAAGCCCAUUAACAACUUUAUUAUUUGGUCUUUGGCCCGCCAAAUGUUGCCCCACCUGUCCAGGGAGUAUCGCACCUUGGCGGAGAACUUUGAUCAUUCCGUGUACGGACGCACUGCCAGCUAUCCGCGUUGGCUUGUCUGUAGCAAGAUGGUGCGGGAUUGGUUACCCUUUGCGGUGGAUGCACUGCAGCAACAGACACCGAGGCAGCAAUUCGAAACGACCGCCUCGCCCACCCUAGGCUGGAAUAAGACCCAUGGUAAUGAGGAAUUGCUUCGACUGAUGUUUUACAGUCUGCGAAAUCAGCUGAAGGAUUCGCUGGGUCAGGCCCAAUGGCUGGAUCCGGCGGCCAGGCAGUUCAUUCAGAAGAAGCUCAACGAGAUGCGGCUGCAGUUUGGGAUACCGGACGAAGUGCUGGAUCAGCCCAGUUACCUAAAGGCAUACUAUUCGGACCUCAUGCUGAACAAUCUGUACUUUGUGGAGCAUUUGGAGCCCAUUUGGACCUUCCGGCGGACGCGCAUGGAGAAGAAGCUGGGCACGCUGGGCAUGCUGGAUGUCAUUGUUUCAGAGAUGUACACAAGGGACAAUCCACAGGCCAUUAGCUACUCCAACAAGCUGAAUAUGCUGCUCGUCUCGAAGAUAUUGAUCAGCUCCAAUUACUACGAUUAUAGAUUUCCCGUAGCCGUAAACUUCGCCCGCAUUGGCACGGACAUCUUGGAGGCCCUGAUCGAUAACUUCUCCGUCUUCCUGCUGCAGUUCAACACCCAGAGCUCGGACAUUAGUGACGCCGUGCCGGAGAUCAAGUAUGCCCAGCCGGAUGUCAAUUGCCUGGCAUCGGAAGAGGGAGGAUCACCUCGAUUGGCUCACGAACUAAGCGAGCUGUCGAGCAAUGCCCUCAAGGGCUUCCAUGUGACAUUGAGCGCUGCCAGGACGGCGGCGAGGGCCCUGAGCACCUUUGUGAGUGCCAUCGACGCGGGCAGUGCCAUCCAGGGAUCGGGUAUUGAUCAGGUCAAUACCUAUGAGGCUUUGGGACUGACCAGGCGCCUGAGAGUGCCCGGAUUGCGCUCCUUUAACGAGAAUGAGUUGUUCACGUUGGCCUAUAUGCAACAGCACUGCAGCACCACCAUUGCGGACAAGGACUAUCCCAGGAUCAAGCCCCAUGUGGAGAGCCAGUUGGCAGAGAGUUAUCUCUUCAAUGCCACCUGGCAGCACAUCCAGUUCUUGCCGCGCUCCACAAACUGUGCCGUUUCGGAGGCGAGCUGCUCCAACCUCCUCUGAGAUUCAGCCGCCCAUCCACGUGGACGUUCGUUUGAGCCCUGUGGAUGAGGAUGUUGGAGGGUAUGGGGAUGGGGAUGCGGAACCUCGCUGCGAGAUGGAAACAACAACCUAUUUAUUGUACUUUUUUUUUAACUCCCCCACACACACACACAUUUCCAGAGAGGACACCCACACAGACACACACAUGCAUCGCCCUAGCCUUAGUUUUAGCUUAUAGACUUAACCAUGAAGGAUCAGACUUAACUUUCGACUGGCUAGCCACUGUUGACAUCACACAGAGACGGAAAUGGAAACGGAAGCACACCCUAACUUAACGCAUAGCUGAAGGUAAGUUAAGAAAGUCGAACUCAAGUGCGAGCCUAUUGCCUAAGUUAGUUUGUAGUUUGAAAACCCCUAAAACAUUGUAAGUUAUGUAGUGGAUAAGCGAGGAAUACCCUGUGUAUAAACUGAUGAAUUUGAUUUGAUUUGAGUUUUUGGAGAAUAAUUAAACGAUAAAAGCCAA